AUGCAAGGAGGAUCAUCAGGCGUUGGCUACGGUCUCAAAUAUCAGGCAAGGUGCAUAUCAGAUGUGAAAGCAGACACAGAUCACACCAGCUUUAUCACUGGAACUCUCAGUCUCAGAGAAGAAAACGAGGUGCAUUUGCUUAGGUUAUCUUCAGGUGGAACUGAAUUGAUAUGCGAGGGCUUGUUUUCGCAUCCUAAUGAGAUCUGGGAUCUCUCUUCAUGUCCUUUUGAUCAACGCAUUUUCUCCACUGUUUUCUCUACUGGUGAGUCAUUUGGAGCAGCGGUGUGGCAGAUUCCUGAGUUAUAUGGGCAGUUAAAUUCCCCGCAAUUGGAAAAGAUUGCGCCUCUUGAUGGACACGCUGGCAAGGUUAAUUGCAUUCUCUGGUGGCCAUCUGGAAGAAAUGAUAAGUUGAUAAGCAUUGAUGAGGAAAAUAUUUUCUUGUGGAGUUUAGAUUGUUCAAGAAAAGCUGCACAGGUGCAAUCAAAGGAAUCAGCAGGUAUGCUGCAUUACUUAUCUGGUGGAGCCUGGGAUCCGCAUGAUGUAAAUGCUGUUGCAGCAACUUGUGAAUCCUCUGUCCAAUUUUGGGAUCUACGGACAAUGAAGAAAACAAGUUCAAUUGAGUGUGGCCAUGUUCGCAAUGUCGACUAUCACACCAAGAAGAAGCAUACACUUGUUACUGCAGAGGAUGAAUCUGGGAUACAUAUAUGGGAUCUUAGGAUGCCUAAGGUUCCUAUAAAAGAGCUUCGUGGACAUUCACACUGGACAUGGGCUGUCACAUGUAAUCCUGAAUAUGAUGAACUGAUUCUGAGUGGUGGUACAGACUCAACUGUCAAUUUGUGGUUCGCUUCUACAACAACAAGUGAUGAGUUGGCAUCUGAAAGUGUGGAUGAGUCACCAACUCAAGAACUUGAUCCGUUGCUGUACUCAUUCAGUGACUAUGAAGACAGUGUCUAUGGGCUUGCUUGGAGUUCUCGAGAACCGUGGAUUUUUGCAUCUUUAUCCUAUGAUGGGAGGAAAGUUAGAUGGCAUGGAGAAACUCAUUUGACAAUUGUUCACAAUCUAAUCAUUCAAAUUGCAUGUCCUGUCUUGCAUGCAGGUGGUUGUAGAAUCAAUAAAACCUUAUCUCCCCAGAAAAUGAAUUCAUCUCAGAUUUGGCCAUACGCGGAAGAGUUUUUCCCGGUUAUAAUCAUCCGUGGGCUGUGGACGCAAAUGCGCCUCCCCCUCCUUUUUGGCCCUUCUGCUGAGGCGCUCGAAAUCCGAAGGUUUUUCCUUCGUACGGUACACGCAAUCUUUUCCUCACACAGGAGAAUGAGGCAGAAGUUAUCGAAGACAACAAUCCAUCUAAAAUUAUUUUCGUAA